AGGCACCGCCUCCUCUCGGUGCUCCUGUCCUGGGCGCGCAAUGGAAACCGGCUGCUGGUUGCUUGGCGGCGAGUUUGAGGACUCGGUGUUCGAGGAGAGGCGGGAGAGGCGGCCUGGACCGCUUGCGUCCUACCGCGCCAAGCUCUGCGAGCCGCAGUGGUUUUAUGAAGAAACGGGGAGCAGUGAUGAUGUUGAAGCUCUGACUAUCCAGAAAUUCAAAGGGGACCUGGCCUACAGACGGCAGGAGUAUCAGAAAGCACUGCAGGAGUAUUCCAGUAUCUCAGAAAAACUGCCGUCUACGAAUUUUGCCAUGAAAAGGGAUGUCCAGGAAGGCCAGGCUCGGUGUCUCGUUCACCUGGGGAGGCACGAGGAAGCCCUGGAGAUUGCUACAAACUUGGAAAAUAAGGCAACUAACACAGACCAUUUAACCACUGUGCUCUACCUCCAGUUUGCUAUUUGUUCAAGUUUGCAGAACUUGGAGAAAACAAUUUUCUGCCUACAGAAACUGAUUUCUUUGCAUCCCUUUAAUCCUUGGAACUGGGGCAGAUUGGGAGAGGCUUACCUGAAUCUGGAGCCAGUGCUUGCAGCAUUGCUUGCGUCAUCUCAGAAACAGAACAGUUUCACCUCGAGUGACAAGGCUAUCAAAUCCUCUUGUCCCCACUCAGGAAAAGACUGUCUUUUGUGUUUCCCUGAAAUGUUGCCCGAGAGCUCUGCGUUAUCUGUGGAAACGAGCAGUGGUAAUAACCAGAAGAAUGAGAAAGCUUUAAAAAAUAUUCAAAACUGUAUGGCAGAAGAGAGAGCAGCAGUGUUGCUAGAAACUCAGAUGAAAGCCUGUGCCUCUUUGAUACGAACCAGGCUUUUGCUUCAGCUCGCCCAAUCUCAGCAAACAUCGUUUGCUUUGGAGAGGAACUUAAAGACUCAGCAGGAAAUUGAAGCUAAAAUGAAAGGGUUCAGCUUCAAAGAAGACACUUUGCUGUUGAUAGCAGAGGGUUGUUUUUUUUUUCCCCUCCUACUGCAGGUUAUGGGUGAAGAUAUCGUCCCAGAAAAAAUAAGAGAUGAGGUUCACACAGAGGUGAAGUGUGUUGGCCCUGCAGCCCUGACUGCCUUGGUGAUCGCAUCUUCGAAAGAAUUUGAAGACAAGUGGUUCAGAAAGAUCAAAGACCACUUCUGUCCCUUUGAAAAUCAGUUCCAUACAGAGAUACAGAUGUUGGUUUAGUGGUCCCUUUCAAAACAGAACAAAACAUCUUGUAUUAAUUGUGCUGGUUUACUUCAGACAGAAUCCACUGCUAAUCAUGGAAUAUACUGAAUUAAAAACAAUUAUUUAUGUCUUAUAAAAAUGGCUUCUCUCCCAGCUUAUUUCUACUGUGUUCAGUUUUUUGGUUUUUUGUUUUCUUUUUAGAUUUUUGUCAUUCACAUACGUGAGGCUUACUGCCCCUUUAGAAGAUAAUCUGUUGGGAAAGUGUAUAAAAGAGACUUACAGAUUUUAUUGUCUUUUAAAAACAGUUAUUGUAUUAUAAUCAGCGAUGUAAGCAUUACGUUGUUUAGGUCAAUUCAUCAAGAAUGACCAAGAAUGCUACAGUGUGAUAGUAAACCAUUUCCAGGAAGGGUGCGUCGAGGUCUGCGAAGGCUCUGAGACUUUACCACACCUGUCAGCCCGCGCAUUAACCUGCCAGUGUCAUAGAUGCUGCAGGAGACUUGAUUACUCGUGGCCCAGGGAACAGGAUAAGCUUCAGCAUAUUUGUAUCAGUUCCUUUGCCUCCAAGUCCCAAGGCACGUGACACACAUGUGCCCAAACGAAAGAGUGUACGUGCAGUGGGGUGCGUUAUAGGAGAGGAACCCUGAGCUUAGGAGACGCAGAUCCUUUAUAACGAACAGUAAGCAGGCCUGCCCUGUGCUCCAGGGGAGAACACUCUUUUUUAAGGGUGUUUACUUUGCAAGCAUUGUUGGGAAGAUAGUCUGGAAUGAAGGGCUGUAAGUGCCUUGCUCACAAGAUGUACAGAAACACGAGACCCAUGGAGCUCUGUCUCAGGUGAUUAUCCUCUCCUUUCAGCCACAUCAUCUUCAAAUGCAAAAGGCUUACUUGAAUUAUCCAGGGUGGAAGAGCUCCCUUAUGAGAAGUGAAAUUUAGUAAUAGACCAAAAACUUCAAGUGUUGUCCCACAUAACUUUUUUUUCCCCCGUGGCUAAUAUUUUAUUUUCUUUAAAAAUGUUUAUGGGCUUCCCUGGUGGCACAGUGGAUAAGAAUCCGCCUGCCAGUGCAGGGCACACAGGUUCAAGCCCUGGCCUGGGAAGAUCCCACAUGCCGCUGGGCAACUAAGCCCGUGUGCCACAACUACUGAGCCUGCGCUCUAGAGCCUGUGAGCCACAACUACUGAGCCCACGUGCCACAGCUGCUGGGGCUCGUGCACCUAGAGCCCGUGCUCCGCAACAACAGAAGCCACUGCAAUGAGAAGCCCACACACUGCAACGAAGAGUGGCCCCCGCUCGCCGCAACUAGAGAAAGCCACACACAACAACGAAGAACCAAAAAGCAGCCAAAAAUAAAUAAAUAAAAAUAAAUAAAAAUGUU